GUUUUACCCAUUUCUUUGAAGGGGAUGUUGCCCUGACCAAAAUGGCCGCCGCGUAGGCAUGUUGAAUUUAUCAGCGUACUUUCCCCGUGCUUAAACCGAAUCCGGAAUUCUGUUUUACGCAUUUUCCGACCACCUGUAACUAAUGGCGUCUUCCAUGAGCGGUAUGUUCCCCGGUCAGCAGCCGCCGACCGCGCACAAUGUCCCCGGUGCGGGUGGUCCGGGCCAGCCCGGAUUCCCCGGUCCGGCGACCCGAAGCCAAGGAGGCAACACGCUAGUGGAUGAACUGGAAGCCUCGUUCGAGGCAUGUUUCGCAUCGUUGGUAAGCCAAGACUACGUGAACGGAACUGACCAGGAGGAGAUCCGAACCGGCGUGGACCAGUGCAUUCAAAAGUUCCUGGACGUAGCCCGGCAGACGGAGUGCUUCUUCCUGCAAAAGAGACUUCAGUUGUCUGUGCAGAAGCCGGAGCAGGUGGUUAAGGAGGACGUGUCCGAGUUGCGCAAUGAGCUCCAAAGGAAGGAGAUGCUGGUGCAGAAGCACCUGUCAAAGCUGCACCACUGGCAGCAGGUGCUGGAGGACGUCAGCAUGCAGCACCGCAAGCCCAGCGACCUCCCGCCCCCCGGACCCCUGGCGUUCUUGGAGCAGGCGUCCGCUAGCCUGCCUCCCGCCCCUCUAAAGCCAAACUAGCGGGGGUCCUUUUGGGCCACGCGCAAAAGUCAAAACAAAAUCCAGGGGUGGUGAAAUGCACUGAAAUUGAGAUUUGUGUAUGUGGUUUAACUCCGCCGAGGACAAUCCAUAAACGUGAGAAAAAUGGAAAAUAUAUGUGACAGUGCGGGUUGAAUUUCGGCUGCAUGGCUUGAGGCCCGGUGGGGCAGCAACCCACCUGAUCCGGUGGAGGGGGGGGCUUUUGGAUCGGAGCACAACAGCAUUGACCGCUCAGUGGACUAAUGGAGGAUUACGUCGGAAGAAAAAAAUGGCGGAUAUUGUAAGACAGGAUGUAAAUUACAAUGUUACUCUUGUUAGAUCAGGAUUUUAUGCAGUCAAAAAAUUGGCCUUAUUUUUUCCCCUCAAUUUCAUUGUAUAAAAAUAUUUCUCCUGUCUCCCCCCCCCUUUCACAUUUUUUACUCAUAAAAUUGUAACUUUUUUAAAAAAUAUAUUCUUUCCACAUAAUAUUCAAAUGUAUUCCCGUUUCAUUGAUUUUUCCGAGCCGCUCGUCCUCACGAGGGUCACGGGAGCGCUGGAGCCCAUCCCAGCUGUCAACGGGCAGGAAGCGGGGUUACACCCUGACCUGGUUGCCAGCCAAUCGCAGGGCACAUGGAGACAGACAACAGUCGCAAUCGGAAUCACACCUUGGGGCAAUUUAGGGUGUCCAAUUAAUGCAUUUUGGGGGGUUUAUGGGAGGAAACCAAAUGCCUGGAGAAAACCCGCACAGGCACGGGGAGAAGAUGCAAACUCCACACAGGCGGGGGCUGGGAUUUGAACCCCUGUCCUCAGAAUUGUGAGGCCAACACUCUAACCAGUUGCUCCACUGUGUCGCCUGUAUUCCUGAUAUUUUUUGCAGAAUACUGUACUCAUUAUGUUAUUUUUUUUCCACAAAUACAGUACACAUUUUGUAAUGUUACAAUUUUUGUCAAAAAGAUCUCUUUUUCCCUUUCUUAAAAUUCAUUUUUUCUCCUAAUCAAUUUAUUUUCAUAAAAAUUAUUUAUUUUUUCCUUCAAUGUUUUGAUUUAAUUACAUUACUUGUUCUGUAUUAUUGUAACUCUGGUCUCCUGUAUUUUUCUCCUAAUACAGCAUCUUUUUUUCUACAUAGUAAUUACUGCAUAAUCUUUAUACUACAAUUGCAACUGUUUUAAUAUUUCAAUAAUUUAAACUUUUUCAUCAUUGAUUUGGUAAAGCAAAACAUUUUAUCUCCUAAAAUUGGGUCUUUCUCAUAGAGGAUUACUUGUUUUCUCAUUCUCUGCUCUUGGGUUAUAUAAUAUAUAAAAGAUUAGUUAC